AUGGAUCGCACAGCACACAAAUUUUGCGUGAAAAAUCCCGUUUUCAAAGAGAAAAUCGAUCGACAUGUACAGAGAAUGCUCUCGGAGGGAACUAUGCCAAAGAAAAAAGCGAUAUUUGUAGGUUUUUAAAAGACUAUUGUUGCUUCUACUUUAUUAUUGCCAUUCAAUCAGUUUUCGGAAUAUUUCACAUCGAUUUUGGGGCAGAAAUCGCAGAAAAUAUCAAAAUAUUACCUAAAGUAAUAUAAUUUUUAUCGAUUUUCAAUUUUUAGGGUCGACACAUCGUAUGUCAGAUAAUAAAUGAUCUCGGAGGGAUGUUCAACUACAUCCCACAUGAUGAUAUCGCUCCCGAAUUCGUCGCACGCACUAAUAUUUACAUGAAGUCAAGGUUCACACAGGAUGAUAAAAAAGGCCCCGAAACCUCAAUAACCAAGGUAAAUCUAAUGGUUUUGACUUUUAUUCUCUUUGAAAUUUUAGGUAUCAAUCGAAUUGUUCGGAAAGAACUUCAACGCCGCCUUAUCGGAUAUGCGAUUUGAAUUGUUGUACGAUGGAGUUCAAAACCGACGAAAAUUUAAAUUACAGUAUGAAGUUGAGGGUAAGUGAGCGUUUUGUGAGGUUUAAAAUACGUAAAUUUAAUGUAGCGUCAUAUUUGAGCUAAUUUGGCGAAUUUCAAGUUUUCGUUGUGGGACCCAUCGAAGGUGUAUAUGAAGUUAAUGAAUUAGAUAUUUUUGAUAGUUGAGGGGUAUAUAGGUCAUCUAGAGAGGCUCAAAAUUAAUUUUGACGAAGUUUAGAAUAGAUUAUCUGCAGUUGCAAGUUUUCGCGGUGGGACCAAAAAAAAAUUUUUUUUGAAUUUUUAGUGAAAAAAUCGGGGAAAGGACGUUGAAAUGGGAUGUUAUGAAGAAUAAAUUAUGUUUGAGAUGUUUUUACACCGUGAAUUUUAUUGUUUUAGCCCUUCUCGACUUCCACGCUCACAUUGUGGAAGCGCUGGCUGGCGCGCCAAUCCCACCACCAGCCCCCAAACUCACACCAGCCCCCAAACUCACACCAGCCCCGAGAAAGGCGCCCGUCAAACCGAACGUCGUCUACGACUACGAUUCGGACGAGAGUUUGCCCGAAUUCGACAACAAAGAAUACCUCGAAGAAUGCGUCCGAGAAGCCGACGAACGCUGCCAAUUCGACGACCACUACUUCCGAAAAGCAUACCAAGAAGAGGACGAGUACCUGGACGUCACAAUCCGAGAGUACUACAAAAAUCCCAUGCUGGCGAAGCACGAAUUCGGCGUGGACUUGGAAACGAACGAGAGAACCGGAGUUUGCGAUGGAAAUGUCCCCGAAAAUCAAGUCGGAUAUUCAGUAGUAAUGAAGAAACAGACCAACAGAGCUAUGAGAGAAAAGAAUUUGCAAGAGGAGAUCAGGAAAUGGGCGAAAAAUGGUCGAAAAGGACCAAAACCAACGGCAAAGCUGGCGGAAGCACAAGAAUUGGGAAAUUUUGGAUUAUUCCCCGCGAAUUAUGGCUUGGAAGAGCAUCAUUAUGAACGACCUGGCAGCAGCUUUGGUGGUAAGUGAUUUGGAGGAAUUUGAGGGGGAAUUGAACAAGUUGUGACCUUCUUUUAGUCAUCAGAUGCGAAAUUUUUUGAUUUUUUGAAAAUUCUGGUAUGGCCCACCCUUGCUAUACCUAAAAUUAGACUUGGUAUUGUUUGUAGAGAUGUUAUAAAUAUAAUAGAGCGAUUUGAUAUCAAAAAUGACUUGGGUUUUCGAAUUUUGGCGAUUUUAAAAAUAGCCGAAAAUUUAUGAAAAAUCCGUAGGCUAAAAUGCAUUACAAAACUUUCAUAAAUUUUCGGCAGAACAAAAAGUUUGGUAGAACAAACUUGAUCGAAUAUUUUUGCAGACAGUGGCUUCCAAUCGAUGUACACUGGCUCAACGAACAGCCGACCCGACUCCACAACGAACACUAGCCCCGCAUUGAGCAGAAAAUUGAGCACUUUGACCUUGGACCAUAAACCCCUGCAGUCAACGAUUGAUUGGGGCGACGGAGAGGAGCAGGUCAUGUCAAACAACGUUGAUUUCCCUCCAUUAGGCCUAGCGGAGAAUGUUAAACCACCGAAGAAGCAGCUCGAGAACAUUGAGGAACGUCCAAUUCGCGAUGGAUGGCAAAUGUCAAAUCGAAAGAAAAAAGGGAAUAGAUGGGCGUAA